CGUCAUACUGGAUAGCAUUUUAAAAAGUGGACUUGGAGCAUGUAUUGGUAAUAUACAAGUCCCUGCACCCACAUGUGCCGAUGACAUUGCUGUCCUGGCAAAUAGUACUGCAGACGCACAAGGAAUAUUAGACAUAGUACAGCACCAUACAAGCAGAGAUCUAGUUAAAAUCAAUCCAACUAAAUCUGAAGCGGUUUUAUAUAAUGCAAAAGGCUCAAACAUAACAACACUGCAAUUUGAAGACAAUGACAUCAAUAUAACCAAUGAAACCAAACAUCUAGGUAUCAAAAGAAACGAGCAAAACCGGGCAAAUAUCUCUGAAAGAAUAAGAACCGGCAGGGCAACAAUAUACAGCCUUCUCGGAGCCGGUUUACAUGUCAGAAGGGGAUUCUCACCCAUGGUCGCAUACAAGCUAUGGAGAACAUAUGCAGUACCAAGAAGCAUCUACGGACUUGAGGUGAUGAACUUACUUGCAAAAGAAAAGGAUAUGCUAGAACUGGCAGAGAGAAAAAUCCUCCGACAAAUUCAAGGGCUUCCAAAUAAUACAGCAAAUAUGGCUGUCUAUACCCUGGUAGGAGCAGAACCUAUUGCCAUCACAUUAGACAAAAAUCUACUUACCUUCUUCAUGAAUAUUGUUCGAAAUUCAGGAACCAUAGAAUGUGAAAUUCUGCGUCGACAAAUAGCAUUCUCAGACCAAAGAGGAAAAGACUUUAUCAACAGAGUGGAAAAAACUCUAUCAAAAUACAAUUUGAAAUCUAGUAGUUACUACAUAGAAAAACCACUUAAGAAAAUCGAAUGGAAAAGACUAGUAGGAAUAAAGAUCAAGGAAUACUGGAAAAAUGAAUGUCACUAUGAAAAAAUGGAAAAAACAUCACUUAAAUACAUAGAGAUACAGAACAAUCCAUUAAAUGAAGCACACAAUAUAUGGAAAAGCAUAAAAAACAAUAGUAAAGAUGUAAAGGCAGGAGAAAUAAAAGCAAGAAUAAGUACUCAAACGUACAUAUUACAAGCCAAAAGAGCUAACUUCGAUCCGACAGUUAACCCGAUAUGUACAAUCUGUGAACAGGAAAAUGAAGAUCUGGAACAUUUUAUUCUACGCUGCAAAGAAUUGGGGCAAAUAAGAUCCAAAUAUUGCUCAAAAAUAAAACAGACAAUGGAUGAAAUCGAUACCUCAACAUACAAGAAGAUCAUACAAGAAGGGAAUUUACUGCAGCUCAUAAUGGACUGUACUAGCAAGGACAUAAACUGUUACUCAACUGUGUAUGAAAACAUUGAAACUCUGGCUAGAAAUAUGUGCUACGAGAUGCACAUGCUGCGCACAAAAAGGAUUAAAAACUUGAACACAAGUAAAACUUUUAGCUAUGGAUCAAUACGUUGUUCAUCAUCGGCACCAUCCAUGCCACCAUGUGACUUUAUACCAGAGAAGUACCAGGGAAUAAGCUAUGAUGAUGCUAUGAAGGUCAGAAGUAAGAACCUGACCCCAGCUUUGUUGACAUUCUACAAGAAACCAGUCAUGAUACACCAGGGCCACAUGCAGUGGCUAUGGGAUGUCAAUGGCAACAGAUAUCUGGACUUGUUUGCUGGUAUUGUAACUGUUAGUGUUGGACAUUGUCACCCUAAAGUUACAAAAGCAGCAGAGAAACAAAUGAGAAAACUAUGGCAUACAACCAAUAUAUAUCUUCAUCCUGCCAUCCAUAAAUAUGCAGAGAAACUUGUUGCAAAACUGCCAGGAGAUCUUAAGGUUGUGUAUUUUACUAACAGUGGAUCAGAGGCUAAUGAUCUUGCAUUGUUAAUGGCAAGGAUGUAUACUGGUACAUUUGAAGCUCUAUCACUCAGAAAUGCAUACCAUGGAGCCAGUCCGUACCUUAUGGGACUAACAGCAUUAUCUACAUGGAAAUACAACAGUCCGACUGGGCUUGGAAUACAUCAGACAAUGAAUGCAGAUCCUUACAGAGGCCCAUGGGGAGGGGCAAGAUGUAGAGAUUCACCGUCUCAGGUGGUAGGUAGAUCAUGUGACUGUGCUGAAGGUCAGUGCCAAGCUGGAGAACAUUAUUUGGACCAGUUAAAAGACACAGUAGCAUUCUCUAUGCCAAACAAAAGAUGUGGUGCCUUCUUUGCAGAAUCUAUUCAGGGAGUUGGUGGUACUGUACAGUUUCCUAAGAAUUUCUUGAAACCAGCUUUUGAACAUGUAAGAUCACAUGGAGGAGUUUGUAUCUCAGAUGAAGUGCAGACUGGUUUUGGAAGACUUGGAACUCAUUUCUGGGGAUUUGAAACUCAUGACGUAGUUCCUGAUAUAGUAACCAUGGCUAAGGGUAUUGGUAAUGGCUUCCCAUUAGCAGCUGUUGUCACUACUCCAGAGAUAGCUAAACAUAUGGGAACAGCUCUCCAUUUCAAUACCUAUGGUGGUAACCCAAUGGCAUCUGCUGUAGGAUCAGCUGUUCUUGAUGCUAUUGAAGAAGAUGGAACACAGCAAAACUCACUUGAAGUUGGAACAUAUUUUAUCAAUAAGUUAAGAGAACUGCAGAAUGAAUUUGAUGUUAUCGGAGAUGUAAGGGGCAAGGGACUUAUGAUUGGUCUAGAAUUAGUAUCAGACAGGGAAAAGAGAACACCAUUGCCAGCAGAUAGUGUUGGUAAGAUCUGGGAAGACAUGAAAGAUAUGGGUUUAUUGGUUGGAAAAGGAGGACUUUAUGGCACAACACUAAGAAUUAAACCACCCAUGUGUAUAACUAAAGAAGAUACAGACUUUGCAAUUGAUGUUAUGAAGAAAGCGUUUCAGAAUUUCUGUCAGUGAAAAGAAAAUUCAAAAUAAUAACUAGAAGUAUUAUAUGGUGCUAACUUCUGCAAGAUUAUGAUAUUUAGUAUAUUUUGUAUGCUUAAUUUAAUUUUUACAUGAAGUUUAUAUAAAAUUCAACCUGGUCAUAUGAGACAGAUAUAAAGCAUGAAGAAAUAUUUGCAAGUUUUCAUUAAACCAUUUUUGACCAGGGUACAAUUAUUAAAGUUAUGUUUUUAUCUGAAGUUUUUUCAUGUUUAUUUUUUACAGUAAAAAUGAUCAAGUAUUCAAUGCAUAUUAUAUAAAAGAUCUAAAAAGAGCUACUACCUCCUUUUUACAAAAUAUGUAAUUAUCUCCUUUUGUUCAGAUGCCAGAAUCUCCAGAAAAACCAUUUGACCUAUUACCAGACUUACUUCAUCAAAGGGUCAAUGCUUGGACAGUUGUUUUUUUGUAUACAUUUUUAAUAAUUAUUUACAGAAUUGAAUGAAAAUCAUGAUUUUUAUUUACCUAAACUCAAUUAAGUGUCUAUUUUAGCUUUGUGGAUUCUCCAUUGACCACUUAUGUUUAAAAUAUUAACAAAAAUCAUCAUUUUGUUUGAAAUUAUUGCAGAUAAUAUAAUGUAUAUACUAGUUCAUCAGUUUUAUUUCAACAAAAAUUAAAAAUGAAUACAUUUACAUUUGCUAGAGAAUUUUUAUAUCAGGAUAAUUUGUCAUACAAUUGGAAUCAAAUAAAUUUUUGAGCUGAUUGAUAUAAACUUUUCUUUGAGAAUGGUGUCAGUGGUCAUGGGGUGAAUGUUUAGCAUCCAGUGUUAAAAGUAUCUUUUAGAGAAUAUGUAUUUGCUAUACAAUCAGAACUAGAUAAUCAGAUUUCAUUGCUGAUUGACAGUAAUUUGUUUUCUUCUAAGAAGAAUGGUUUUAUUAGUCUUGUAGUGCAAGCUGGUAUUCACUGUUAAAGGUUGUGGGAUUGAUCCAUAUCCAGGUCUUAUUUUGGUGUUAUAAUUCUUUUUUGUUUUGGUAUGAUAGAUAUUGAUAUGUCUAAUUACCUUUUUUUUAUUACUUUCAGUCUGAUUUGAUUUUGUUAUUCAUUUGUAAAUAAACCCUAAUCUUCUAAAAUAUACAAAAUGACAAAUCAAAUUAAUCAAACAUUCAACACUUCUAUGUCAUUUGGUCUCUUAUUUUUAUAUUACAAUAAGAUUUGCAAAAAAUUUCAUAAGCUGAGCAAACAUUUCUAUAAGAUGUACUAUGCAGAAUGUUUUGGUAUAGCGUAGCAGAGCUUAAAUUGAGUUCCUCUGAGGUCAUUUAUGUUUGAACUGUUAGAGAAAAUAUUAACAUUCAUCAAACGAUAAAUUCCUUUCCUUUGAUUCAUAUUUUGCUUGUUGCUGUUUGAAUAGAACUUUUCUUGCAAUACUAUUAAUCAAUACUAGUUAAAAAAAAGAAAAAAAAAGGUAUAAUGUUGUUUGACAUAUUUUAAGCUGUUUUAGAUUAAUUUUUUUUGGAAAUCCUUUCUCAAAUUUCAGGAAGAACAAAACUUUGCAAGAAGUCGUACUGAACGAAGAUAAUAAAUAUAAAAAAUGAAAUUUAAAUGUUUUAAUCUGUUGAUGCUGUGCAGUCAACAGUAGUAUAUGUAUUUAAGCAUGGGGUUAAUUAGACACUUUUGUAUAUUUUAUAGAGCAUAUAUCAAUCUUUUUAGUUGAAAAUGUGCACUGCUUUUUUUCUAGUCAUAGUUAUUAUAAUGAAAUCAAUUUUAGUAAUAUAAGUAUAUGUUUUUAUCCAACGCAAUCAUAGGUUUGAACAUUGUUUUCAAUUUAGACUUGUUUAUAUAUAUAUAUAUAUAUAUAUAUAUAUAUACAUCUCAUGGAUAUGUCUGAUAUAUUAUGGAAGAAACUGGUCUGCAGUCUUACAUUUUUAUAAUUAGAGUGUAUGUUUUUUGUAAUAAUUGACAGGGUUAAAAAGAGUGGAUUAUCAUUAUAAAUUACAUUACAUAUUUAUAAUUAUGAAAAAUUUGAUGUAAUUUAAUUAAAACCAAAAAAUAUCUAGUCUACAUUUAAAUUAUUUAUGCAUAUUAUAUUACAUUAAGUUGCACAUUAUAGUCAUAAAACUUUUACAACUGUUUCAUAGGCUGAUAUUCAGUGCAUAUCUAUAUAGUAUUUUUGUAUAUAUAUAUGUUUUUAUAUCUAAGUGUUGAUGGCUUUAUAUAACAUCACUGCAAUUAUAAACUGGGUAUAUUGAUAUUAUAUAUGAAUAAAUACAUUUACAAAUUA